ACACCAGCCUUUUCUUGUCUAUAUUCGUGAUUCAGGGAAAAUUAAUGUUGAUCAUCUUUUCUUUUCUUUUUUUUUAAACAGGUCAUGAUGUAGGCACGUUGGACUUCAUCUAUAUUGGCAGUGAUGUCAUCAAACAUGUGCACGCGACUUUUGUUCCAGCUCGGCCAAUCGAGUCAGGCCGUUUUCUCUCGUCCGGUGCGCUGUUCCAGCAUGCGGCUCGCCCAGGCCCGUUUCUGCUCAUCUUGGGGAAGGAGGCCCGACAGAGACUCAGAUCAGGACAGAGAGCAAGGACUCCCUUCCGUGGGGCGUUCACUGGACUUUCAGCUGAGCCGGCUGCAGGUCGAUACCAUGCUGCGUGCUAACGAGCAGUCUGUGCGAGUUCCUGAGUUUGACAGACGUGGAGGUGUUAGUCCUGUGCUGAAGUUCGAGAGCAAUCAGCUUGCUGCUAAUUCUCCUCUAGAGGACAGACGCAGCAGCGCCUCCUGCUUGCAAACACGGGGGAUGCUGUUUGGAGUGUUUGAUGGUCAUGGUGGUCACACGUGCGCUCAGGUCGUCAGUGAGCGUCUGCCUUAUUAUGUUGCCGUGGCGAUGAUGUCAGAGUCCAGCCUGGAGGAUCUGGAGGCUUCGAUGGAGACGUUCCGGCCAGUACCGCCGAUUCUGCAGUGGUACAAAAAUCUCAAUGACCACAACUACCACGAGUCCGCCGCUCUGUACAUCGAACACUUGCGCGUCUUCUGGCAGGAGCUGCUCGCCAGCGAAGAGCACGGAGACGGAAUGAAGCCCAGCGACGCACUCAGCUACGCCUUCCAGCGUCUGGAUGCAGAUCUUUCGCUGGAGGCACAGGUCCCGUUGGCGAGCGAUCUGAUGCGGAACACGGCAGUCCAGGCAGCAUUCGCAGGGUGCACAGCUUGUCUCGCUCACGUCGGAUCCGAAGGCAUUCACGUAGCAAAUGCUGGAGACUGUCGCGCCGUGCUCGGGGUCCAGGAACCUGAUGGGAGCUGGAGCGCGCUGCCUCUUUCUCAUGAUCACAACACGACCAACCCGGCCGAAGUGGAGCGCGUACGGUCUCGGCACCCAUAUGGUGAGCGGCAGACGGUCAUCGUGGAUGACAGGCUGCUUGGCGUGUUGAUGCCGCUGCGAGCCUUCGGAGACGUUCGGUUUAAGUGGAGCCGCGAGCUGCAGCAGAGUGUGUUAGAGAAUGGAGGCUGUGACUCAGAGACUCUGAACGUUUAUCAGUACGCACCACCAAAUUACCUCACACCACCAUACCUCGAGGCCACGCCUGAGGUCACGUAUCACCGUCUGCGCCCACAGGAUCGCUUCCUGAUCCUGGCGUCUGACGGUCUGUGGGACGAAAUGGACAACGACGAUGCGGUCCGGCUGGUGGCGGAGCAUCUAACUGGCGUUCACCUGGAGGCUCCGGUCUCGGCCAGCCAGCGCCAGCUCAGUCUGGGACAGAUGCACCAGCUUCUGCUACAGCGCCAGGCACGUGCCACGCCUGCUCUCGACUUAAACGCGGCCACGCACCUGAUUCGCCAUGCUCUCGGGACGAAUGAGUACGGAGAGUUGGACCAGGAGAGACUAGCAGCCCUGUUGGCGCUUCCAGAUGACCUGGCGCGCAUGUACCGUGAUGACAUCACUGUCACCGUGAUUUAUUUCAACUCCAGUCUCAAUAAAAUGACACAGAAUAAUCUACGACAAUUCUCUGUAAAAUAAACAAACCUGUAAACAAUUCUGUAUAACAAACACUGAGACGUGCGUCCUCAUUUUGUGUCAAUAUAAUGUGUUAAAAGGUAAAAGAAUGAAGGAAUAAUUGCAAAAUCUGUAAGAGUUAAGAUUCACAGCCUUGAUGCUUGCCUUUUAUUAAAUUUUAUAAUAUUAUAGCAAUGAAGUAACGCACACACUCUUAACCUCAAAUAAACCCCGUGCUCUGGUGAGUCAGCUUCAUCACGUCAUCACUUCCAGCACGAUUUGCAUGUGCCGUUAGCUUACUCGCUGUCGUUUACAAGCUUUUCAUCUUACUUUUUUUUUAUUAAUUCAUUUCUGAUUUAAUCUCAGGUACGGGGAAACUGGGAUGAACGAUUCCUUAAAUCUCAUAUCUUGAGAACAUGUAUAAUUGAUAAUCAUCGUAUGCGUGACCCACACUCUAGUGUAGGUUUAUUUAAUCUGUUUUACUUUUAUUCUCAAAACCAGGUUAUCCGAUGUUUCACAGUUCUAUUAAAUCCAGAAAUGUUCUUUCAUACAUUUCUGUCCUGUGAAAUUGUAAAAGUUUUUCAUUUUAGACUAAUGAAGUUUCUUCUGUUUAAACUGUGCUGCUUGUUGCGUUGUUGUGUUGCUGCUCCUGUGCCAGUGCCCUAUAACGCCGCUGUGACCUUAUAGAGAAAUGUUUACGUUCACUGUAUGUUUCUGUAUUCUCUGUGUUUAAUUGCUCAGUUAUAUUUGGUUUAACUGUAAAAGCUGUCACUGUGUCAUCUUUCAUAAUUCUGUUUUGUGUUUAUGACUGCACUUACUUUUUAGGAGGUUAAUUAAUGGUAAUGAAGGACAUGAAGGUGCCAUUUCAAAUAUUGCUGUCUAAGUGUGUGUAUUUAUAUUGCAACGUGCCUUUUUAUUAAUUCACCACGCAAAGCUACCUUACUAUGAACGAGAAAUGUUUGUCCUACAGCUCAUUUGCAUUAAACCUGAAACUGUGAGGUAUAAUAGAUAACCUGUCUGCUUGUGUGUGUGUGUCUCAGUGGCCUUUUUAAUUUUACUAUGUACACCCACAAUGCUUAUACACUGAGGUGAUGAAAAGCACCAUGCAAAUAAUAUCUGCUAGUACUGCUAGUUUGAUAAAUGUAAUAGAAGGUGCCAAUACUUCAUGCAGAAUACUUCAUACAGAAUAUGGGUUACUGUAAAAGCAUGUAUGCGUACAAAAUAGCCUGUCUGAUUGUCAUGAUUGUUUCGAAUUUGUUAGUUUAAUUACUAGAACAUUAUUAUGAAUGUAUGUUAUGAAUGCCGAUAUAAAAGCUUCACCUACUUCUUGCACUAUAAAAGUACUAAUUAUCACAGCAAACGCUUCACGUUGGUUUUAUUAAUGUUUCUGGUUGGUUCGAUUUGUUUAAUAAAUUUAUAGCUGUCA